UGCGACACGGUGAACCUACCACGGCCGCCUAGCCGAUUCCCGACCACGAAUAACACGUAUCUAUGCAAUUGACAAUAUUAUUGCCGAAUUCAUAGAUCACGACGAUCGUAGAUAAUAAUGUGAUCAUAUCAGUGUACGGCUGAACAUCGCGUAUUCGCGUGACAAAUGGCAAUAAAUUCUAUUGACGGUAUUUUCCUAAUAGACGUUCGAAGUUUGUCGGACUUUGACGAUUUGCUUGCAAAAAAAGUUCACGAGCCGCGGACAACCGACUAACCUCGUGUAUGUACACUCUACUCCGUCCGUAUUAUUAUUAGUCGUCCGCGGUUCAGACUAUAACAAUUAUGCCCGUAACUGUGACGUACUCUACUAAUAGUAAAAUACAACAGUUCGAUUGGAAUUAUUACAGUAACAUUAUUAUUAUUAUACAUUAUAGGUAAUCAGAACUACCGAGCAGCUGGCGGCCGCGGUUAUCGCCGGAGUCACGGAUCGCGGGUGCAGUGUGCACGUCCUUAGAUUGUACGAUCGUACCAUUAUGUCUUAUACAUGUAUAAGACGGCGAUCUUAUGAUCUCACUGGCAGUUGGCAGUGGCCAGUGUGCCAUCGUUUCCGCGUCGUUCGAUCGCGCCAACGGGUUACGGGGGUCUGCCGUCCUCCGAACUACUGUCCGCACCACGGUCUUUAUUCUACAGUCCGCGUAGCCAUGUAGUACGUAAUUCUUUGUUCGACCGAAAACCGACCCGAGCCCGUGUAAAAUAAUCUACGGUUCGCCUUAGAUCCGCACCGACAACCGUCGUCCUACAGAAACGAUUCGUCCCGCAGAAACACGUCGUCGAGACGGCCGAACAGUGGGUUUACUAGGUAAUAUUAUAAUUGGUACUCGCGCGCGCCUAAACACAAUGAUCGCGUCUUUUGUGUUCCCGGAGAGUUCCGCGUACCGCCGCCACCUUAAACCCGCCCGCGCUCACAUUAGCCGCAAUCGUAGCCAAACAACCGCAGACAGCUCGAUCGCGUCCGAAUCGUUUUUUUUUUUAUUUUCUAUAUUGUUUAUUCUUGUGAUUUUACAGAACGGUAUAUUUGUCUGAACCGACCAUGCAAACGCAAUCGCCGUCGACGUCCGCCGCCGCCGCCGCCGCCGCCGAUGACGUCGAGACUACUCGAUCAGUAGUCGCGCAGCUAGACGGAAGUGAUCAGCGUUCGGCCAACGACAAGAUGGCCACCAGGGUUCACAAACGCAAAGUGGACGAUUUCAUUUUCGGAAAAGUCGUCGGCGAAGGUAGCUUUUCGACCGUGUAUUUGGCCAAAGACAAACACACGGGUCGCCAGUAUGCGAUCAAAGCUUAUGAAAAACUGCAUAUUCUCAAGGAAAGAAAAUCGGAUGACGUGCGUCGCGAAAAAGACGUCAUGAAUAUACUGACCAAUUCUGGGUCAAGCUUGUUCGUCAGAUUGUCCUGCACCUUCCAGGAUCGCGGAAGACUCUGUAUCCUUUUAUUACUUAUUAUAUUUUAUUAACUCACAAAUUUGUGAGUUCAGAAGAAAAAUAACAGAGUUCUUUGUUUUAAACAACAACCAAAUAAUUGGGUAAUUAAUUUAAAUAUUCUGCUAUGCGAUUUCUUCAUUCCGGAAACUUGAUAGUAAUAGUCUUUGAGAAAUACUUAAAUGGUAAAAAACAUUUGUUGUUUAGUUUUGCCUAUGUAUGCUCAAGUUGAGUUAAAUUAUUUUCUACUAAAUUUAUUUAUCUCUUUCUGUUAAUUUUCAAUAAUUAAUAUAAUAUUAAACUGAAAAUAGUAUUUGCAUAAUAGUAGUACUUAUAUAGGUAGUGAUUAUUCAACAUGACGUAUUGAAAUAAAUUAUUAAGUCUUGAUUUUACGGUCAUUGUCCUUUUGCACCUAAAAAAAGUAAUUAGUUUUACAGCCCAUCUAUGAUGAAGUAAAAAAAAUGUACAAUUUUUCUUCAGCCUAUUUGUACUAUAUUUACCUACAUAUUAUAUAUUUGUGCAAUCAUUUUUCAUAAUAAUAAUAUCAAUUUUUAACAGUUAUAAUACAAAUUUUUGUAUUAUAAAUAAUAAUUAAUAGUACACUUUUUUAGAAAUUAUAAUAAAUUAAUUUUAAAGAUUUUUGUUACAUUUUUUUCCAAAUAACUCACUAAUUAUAAAUAAUCCAAUUUUUUUAAAAUUAAUUGUCAAUAAUAAAACAUGUUUUUUUUUAAUAAUAAAUAAACAAUCUAAUCUUUAUUAUUAUUAAAUGAUAGGUUCUAUGUUUAUAUAUUUUUAAGGUAUUUAUUUCAUGGCAAGUAAAUAUAAUUAUAUUUGAUAGCAUCAUCAUUAAGUUGUCAAAACUAUAAUGUUGAAUUGUUCAAUAUAAUAAACGAACAUGGUAAAUAUUUUUUUUUGGACUGUGGUUAACAUCAGAUAUAGUACAAUUUUAUUAUUACGAAUAUCAUGUCUUUAAAUUGUAUAAUAAAUGUAGAUAAAUUUGUAUAAAAUGGGCUGUCUGAAAAAAUAUACCUUUCGGUGCAGAUAGGCUGUACUCAAAACUUAAAAAAAUGUUGGCACAAAUAGCUUAUUGCUUAUUUAACAAAUACAAAUUAAACAUUUGGAUGGAGUGGAAGAAUAUUUGUAACGUAAAAUAAUAUAUAGUAUUGUAUUAUAUUUUACAAUUUAUUGUCUUAGAAGUUCAAAUUAAAUUUAAACAAAAACAUUUUACAAAAAAGAAUUGUUUGAGACAAAUGUUUUAAAUAUGUUUAAAACUGCAAACCCUGGCAUUAUCACAAUAUUUCUGUAUUUAUAUUAAUUUAUUUUUUACAAUUUUCCUCCUUUUUUGUUCUCCUGAACUUUAUAUUUUCAGUUUUUGUCAUGUCAUAUGCCAAAAAUGGUGACAUGUUAUCAUUCCUCAAUAGUAUGGAUUCAUUUGACAUAACAUGCACACAAUUUUAUUCCGGUGAGAUCCUUCUCGCCUUGGAGUAUCUUCAUAAUUUGAACAUCCAGCACAGGGAUCUGAAGCCUGAAAACAUAUUACUUGAUGAUAACAUGCACAUCAAGUUGACUGAUUUUGGGUGUAGCAAAAUAAACAAUCUGGAAUCCGAGAUGGAGACUUUGAACAUAUCCAAUCCAAAUGAAAACAACAAUGGCAAGGAACGUGCUAACAGUUUUGUUGGCACAGCUCAAUACAUCAGUCCCGAAAUUUUUUAUGAAAUACCAACUUCAUUCAGUUCGGAUCUGUGGGCUUUUGGUUGUAUUGUAUACCAAAUGAUUACUGGAUAUCCGCCUUUCCGAUGCAGGACUGAUUAUUUAAUUUUCCGCAAAAUCAUGAAUCUUGAUUAUUCGUUCCCUGACGAAUUUCAUGAAGACGCCAAAGAUCUGAUAGAAAAAUUGUUGGUGCUUGAGCCUAACAAACGUCUUGGGACAGAGGAUGCCAAACGAUAUACUUCCAUUCGUGCGCAUUCAUUUUACAAGGGGUUAAAUUUUGAUACACUGCUUAAGACAAAAGCUCCGCUUUCAUGCCCUGACAAUAAUAACUACUAUCAAGUACCUGAUAAUUUAGAACCGGGACUGGGCCCCAAACAAUUGACCAGGUUAUUGGUAUGUGAUGAGCUGUAUGGCCAUAGUUCCAAAAAUACGAAUACCAGUUUACCUUCAACGUCAGACGCUGCUGAGGGUCAGUCUACCACAAGUUGCGAAAAAUAAUGUGAUUAUUUCUGUUCAUAAUUUUUUGAUUUAUUACAGUAGUUAGACUAAAAUAAAAGCAUAGUGUCCUUAACUACUUUCUAUUGGAUUUAUUUCAUUCUGGUUGUUUGUGCCAUAACAUGUACAUACAUAUUUUGUUUUAUUUUUAUUGGUUUUAUUAUUUAAAUAAAAGUAAUAAAAGUAUUUAAAAUU